AUGGUAAUUAUUACGGAGCACUUCGUCAUCCAGCAUGAAGAACCUCAUGGAGAUGAACCUCAUGGAGAAGAACCUCAUGGAGAUGAACCUCAUGGAGAAGAACCUCAUGGAGAAGAACCUCAUGGAGAAGAACCUCAUGAAGAACAACCACAUGAAGAAGAACCUCAUGAAGAACAACCACAUGAAGAAGAACCUCAUGAAGAACAACCACAUGAAGAAGAACCUCAUGAAGAACAACCACAUGAAGAAGAACCUCAUGAAGAACAACCACAUGAAGAAGAACCUCAUGAAGAACAACCACAUGAAGAAGAACCUCAUGAAGAACAACCACAUGAAGAAGAACCUCAUGAAGAACAACCACAUGAAGAAGAACCUCAUGAAGAAGAACCUCAUGAAGAAGAACCUCAUGAAGAAGAACCACAUGGAGAAGAACCUCAUGAAGAACAACCUCAUGAAGAACAACCACAUGAAGAAGAACCUCAUGAAGAACAACCACAUGAAGAAGAACCUCAUGAAGAAGAACCACAUGAAGAAGAACCUCAUGAAGAAGAACCUCAUGAAGAAGAACCUCAUGAAGAACAACCACAUGAAGAAGAACCUCAUGAAGAAGAACCUCAUGAAGAAGAACCUCAUGAAGAAGAACCACAUGAAGAAGAACCUCAUGAAGAAGAACCUCAUGAAGAAGAACCUCAUGAAGAAGAACCACAUGAAGAAGAACCUCAUGAAGAAGAACCACAUGAAGAAGAACCUCAUGAAGAAGAACCUCAUGAAGAAGAACCUCAUGAAGAAGAACCUCAUGAAGAACAACCACAUGAAGAAGAACCUCAUGAAGAAGAACCACAUGAAGAAGAACCUCAUGAAGAAGAACCACAUGAAGAAGAACCUCAUGAAGAAGAACCUCAUGAAGAAGAACCUCAUGAAGAAGAACCUCAUGAAGAACAACCACAUGAAGAAGAACCUCAUGAAGAACAACCACAUGAAGAACAACCACAUGAAGAACAACCUCAUGAAGAAGAACCUCAUGAAGAAGAACCACAUGAGAAGAACCUCAUGAAGAACAACCACAUGAAGAACAACCACAUGAAGAAGAACCUCAUGAAGAAGAACCACAUGAAGAAGAACCUCAUGAAGAACAACCACAUGAAGAAGAACCUCAUGAAGAAGAACCACAUGAAGAAGAACCUCAUGAAGAAGAACCUCAUGAAGAAGAACCUCAUGAAGAACAACCACAUGAAGAAGAACCUCAUGAAGAAGAACCUCAUGAAGAAGAACCUCAUGAAGAAGAACCACAUGAAGAAGAACCUCAUGAAGAAGAACCUCAUGAAGAAGAACCUCAUGAAGAAGAACCACAUGAAGAAGAACCUCAUGAAGAACAACCACAUGAAGAAGAACCUCAUGAAGAAGAACCACAUGAAGAAGAACCUCAUGAAGAAGAACCUCAUGAAGAAGAACCUCAUGAAGAACAACCUCAUGAAGAAGAACCUCAUGAAGAAGAACCUCAUGAAGAAGAACCUCAUGAAGAAGAACCACAAGAAGAACCUCAUGAAGAAGAACCUCAUGAAGAAGAACCUCAUGAAGAAGAACCUCAUGAAGAAGAACCUCAUAGAAGGAGAAGAACCUCAUGAAGAAGAACCUCAUGAAGAAGAACCUCAUGAAGAAGAACCUCAUGGAGAAGAACCUCAUGGAGAUGAACCUCAUGGAGAAGAACCUCAUGGAGAAGAACCUCAUGGAGAAGAACCUCAUGGAGAAGAACCUCAUGGAGAAGAACCUCAUGGAGAAGAACCUCAUGGAGAAGAACCUCAUGGAGAUGAACCUCAUGGAGAAGAACCUCAUGGAGAAGAACCUCAUGGAGAAGAACCUCAUGGAGAAGAACCUCAUGGAGAAGAACCUCAUGGAGAAGAACCUCAUGGAGAAGAACCUCAUGGAGAAGAACCUCAUGGAGAUGAACCUCAUGGAGAUGAACCUCAUGGAGAUGAACCUCAUGGAGAUGAACCUCAUGAACAAGAGCCUCAUGAACAAGAGCCUCAUGAAGAACCUCAUGAAGAAGAACUUCAGGAAGAAGAACCUCAUGAAGAAGAACUUCAGGAAGAAGAACCUCAUGAAGAAGAACCUCAUGAUGAAGAACCUCAUGAAGAACUUCAGGAAACCUCAUGA